GCCCAGGUUCGAAGGAAGAAAACAACAGAACGAAGGGAACUUACGGAAGAGAAAGCUCAAAACCGAAACUGCUAAAGCGACCAAGCCGACCACCGCCGCCAGCCACACUUCACCUCCCGCCUCCAAGACCACGACCGCGCCGACGCCCCACCAGUCCACUGUCCAGGCUGCUACCACAGUAACCGGACAGGGUGGUUAUACAGCAGUAGAAGAUGGUGGUUAGGCUGAGAUUGUCAAGGUUCGGGUGCAAGAACAAGCCCUUCUAUAGAGUGAUGGCUGCUGAUAGCAGAUCCCCCAGGGAUGGAAAGCAUUUGGAAGUUCUUGGCUAUUACAACCCGUUGCCAGGGCAAGAUGGUGGGAAACGAAUGGGUCUUAAUUUUGAAAGGGUGAAAUAUUGGCUAUCAGUUGGUGCACAGCCAUCGGAUCCAGUUCAGCGUCUUCUUUUUAGAGCGGGCGUGUUGCCGCCUCCGCCAAUGAUGGCCAUGGGACGAAAAGGUGGUCCCCGAGACAACCGUGAGGUGGAUCCUAUGACAGGACGUGUGAAUACAUUUGAGACUUCUAAAAAACAUGAAGAAUCACCUGUCGGUUGAUAGGAGUAGAGAUCAUAAACUAGUGGGUUACUGCAAUAUCUUAUCCAGUAUGACAUGGGAUUAAGGUUGUUAUAUAUUCCUGAAAAUCAAUGGAUUACAUAGCCUAGAAACAUUCUGUGCACUAUUAUUUACAUAAUAAUACACUGUUUGUAUGAAGAACUAUUACACACACUUUCGAUGAGUUUAGGGAAAACUGUCAAAUAGGUCCUCGAACUUUCAUAAAAAGAUCAAAUAAGUCCUUAUAUAGGAGACUGUCUGACCGUCGCGAUUUGGGCGGUUUCCGGUGGAAUUUUUUGAUGAAAUUUUUUGAACAUCUUAUAUUCUUGUUCAUCAAGUCUAGUUUACUCAUACCAAAUUUCAGCUAAAACUUCAAUCGGGAACACAUUCAAAUUAAUUCUUGAAGAUAACUGUGUAGUUAAAUGCGCAAUUAUCUUCAAGAAUUAAUUUGAAUGCAUUCCCGAUUGAAGUUUUAGCAGAAAUUUGGUAUGCGUAAACUAGACUUGAUGAAUAAGAUGCUAAAAAAUUUCAUCAAAAAAUUCCGCUGAGAACCGCCCCAAAUCGCGACAGCCGGACAGAGCCUCCUAUAUAAGGACUUAUUUGACCUUUUUAUGAAAGUUCUAGGACCUAUUUGAUAGUUUUCCCAUGAGUUUAAGGCUUAAAAAUUAUCUCAUACCUCCGUUUUAUUGGAUGAGUGGUCACGAUUACUCCAA